CUGACUUGUGGUGGCUCGAAAGAGAGUCAAAAAGCUUCUUACACCUUGAGAGGUAACAUGUAGCUCGAAUGUUUUGCCAAUUAGCCAGCUUCACUCCCAGACAUUCGCACCUUUAAGCCAACGCAGUGCUACUACCACUUUUGCAGCUGCUUUUGCAAUGACGACCGCAGACUUGACACCAGGCUAGAUGAAUGCGUGCACGUCUCCAAAGCACAAGCAGUGAUGCUUUAACUGACGACAGCUUCAGCAUUCCGCUGGAGAUACCAACACUGGAGAUCCCCAGCGAGUUGAUGCUCCAGGUCCCUCAGUCAGGUUCCCUACCGAUGCCCUCCCGGCCAAGCUCCAGCUCACCUUCUUGCCAGUCGCUUGCCAGAUAGGGCAAACUACAGGUGCACUCUGCCCAGUUGGUGCACCCUCCGAGGAGCCACCUGGCCUUCUCGGGCGCCUCCAGAGGCCACGCCAUGCCGGUGGCCGCUGUUAGGCGCUCUGAGGCACGAAGGCGGCCGGCGGGUUCGCCGAUCCAGCCUGCACCAGAGUGGUACGGGAUGCCUGUGGCUCAGUCUAGGAUCAAGCUUCUGCGAACUGGUUUGUAUGCUUUUGGCAAUUGAGAGUCAAUACUUUCUUUUACAAAGCUAUUCACUUUUAAAGACUUCACUGGCACGACAAUCAAUCAUGCGUGCAUGUUUGCACGGAUGAUCAACUGUUGCAUUUUGGGACCAGCGGUGCAGAAGUUUGUGUUUAUGUGCUAGGACCAUCGGAUCCUUAUUGCACCCUCCAUUGAGAGGUUGGAACAUAAUUCUUUCCAGAAUGUCAAAGCAACAACACAGCAUACCAAAAUCUAGUGGACAAACUUGUGUUCCGUAUGGCUCCGAAAUGGGGUGCACAAAUUGUUCCAACUUGAGCAAGUUGUUAGCGAUGCACUUGUUGCUAGUAGCUGCAGCUUCUUGUUACUAUAGAGACUUGUGAACUCAACUUCUCUUAGACACCUUUUGAGCAAAGAGUUCAAACCUCUGAGUGAGCCUUUUCAGGAGACGCCCGCCCUUUGCAGUGUCACCAUAUCCAGUUGGACAACCUGCGGCACUGCAGGGUGAUGGAGCCUGCGUACCCUUUGACAGCAGCUGCAGCCCUCGAAGCGGAAGUCCUCUAAGCAACACGAGUGACCUCGACGAGGCCAGACCAGAAAGGCUGCGGGUGAACUCUUACGCUUUCAGCCGGGGUCGCUCAGCUCAGCAAAGCGUUCCUUCACGCCCUGUCAAUGUUCAGGAUCGAGCCCACUCAGUUCCUCUUGCAGAGAGAGACCAUCGGGCCCGAGUCAUCUACGACCAGGUGAGUUCUUGCAAUGCUGAGGUCCAUUCACCGAGCCGCCCGCAUGCGCCAGAUUCCGAGGAGCUACGGCAUACAGUUUCCGACCGGCAACUUUCUCGCUAUCUCUCUGCACCAGAGUUGCCAUCUCCUUGGCAAGUUGCAGAGGAGUUGGGCCAGGCUGGUGGCAUGGCGGCUCCGAGAUAUUUGCUGGUCCGCCUUGGAGAGUGUAUCCCCGCAGAGACAGGUGCAGCCACAGUUCCUCGUUCCAGAUUGGAUUGUGGACCACAGUGGCGGGACUUUCUGAACUUUGCAGAGUACGCCAAUCCAGAGGGGGUCUCUUUGCAGGAGGUGUUGACGUGCCCCUGUUGUUUGAGCAUUUUCCGGCAGCCUAUCGGUCUACCCUGUGGCCAUAGUCUUUGCCGAGGUUGCUAUGUGCGGGUCUUCUCGCAGUCGACAAACUCCCGAAAAUGCCCUUUGUGCCGAACGGAGCUGGGAGGGUUCCACAGCUUUGAGUCUAAAAGUUUGAGUCAAGUCAGCGGGUGACUUUGCGUUUUGCACUUGGUUGGAGGACCUGCCUCGUUGCGACCUGCGGGUGAAUGUGGCAAUGGCCGCAGUCUCUGAUGCUUUGCGAUCCUUCCUGGCAGUGCAAAGGCCCAAUCCACGAACCGCCUGAGUGCCGGGCGCCGGGUGGGCCGCUCAAAGGGCGGCUUGACAAUCCUGAAGUGAAGUUGAAAAGCGUGAGGAACGACAGG